GCCGGCGGCGCGUGGCGGGGAGGCGCUCGAGGGGUCCUUCAUGGUGCCCUACCAGGGGGCUCUCUACCGAGUCCACUACUCCUCGGGGGAGACCCGGUGCUUCCUCUGCCGGGCGAUGGGGCACGUCCGGAGGGACUGUCCCUUGGCCCGGUCGGGGGAGGCGUCCGGGACCUCCGGGGCCCGUGAGGACAUUGGCCCCACCACCGCCAGCCCCCCUGGUAGUCUGGCCUCCGCGGCCGCCCCUCCUCCAACCGACGGCCCUGCUCGGGAGCCGGAGGCGCCCCCUCCGACGUGCCCGAGCGGGCAGGCGGGCCCCGCCUCUACUCAAUCUGUCCCUGCGGGGCCCGAGGAGGAGAGGGUGGCGCGGUUGCCGCCGGGCAAGGGAGAGGGCCCUCCCCAGGUGGAGGUAUCCCCCUCCUUCCCUCCUUUGCCACAACGCCCUCCCCGAAAAUCAAACGUGCCCCCCAGCCUUGCCCCUGCUGACCAGCCCUCCACCUCCACCUCGGAGGACUGGACGCUCGUCCGGGGGAAGCGCAAAGCCCGCCGUUCGCGGGCUUCCUCUCCCCCCUCCGAUGCGGAGGGCGGGAAGGCCCCCCGAAAGAUCCCGAGGGGGGCCAGCGCUGUCAAAAUCCCCCCCGGCGAGCGUCAGCAGGAGGCGCCGGCCGAGGAAGCCGUGGCAGCGAGGGGGGACAACCAUGUCCCCCCUGAGGAGCCUAUCCACGAGGAGGCCUCUGAUGGAGCCCCCCCGGCCCAGGCUCCAAUUGCCCCCCCUUCCGUCCCCGCCGAGGUAAUUGGUGCCUUGGUGGCCGGAGGGGAAGGCUCCGGGGCCGAGGGGAUGGAGUUGAGCUCCAUCUUUGAGGAGAUCGAGGCCCUGGGUCUGACCCCGCUCACCCAGGGGGAGGACGACCCUCCGCCAGCGGGCCUCGGUCUGGGCGGCGACUCCGUGGCGCCGCCCCCUCCUCUCCCCAACCCCGUGUCCCAGGUGGCCGACCCCAUCCUCACGCUCGGGGCACCCCUGAUACUGCCCACUGGCCCGGCCGACUCGAGCGCCGGAACGGAUGCUGCCGAGCCCCCCGGGGCGACAGCUGGCGCCGAGCGACCGAGUCCAGGGGCUGAGGGUGCCCCCCCUCCAGUAACCGGGGUGGGGCGGUCAUCCUCCCUUCCCGUUGGGGGCCCACCACAAGAUACCAUACUGGCCGACGCCGAGGCACUAAUACUAGCUUUUCCAUCUGAGCCCGGCGUCGGCGCGGACCCCCCAGUUCCUGAUCCCGACCCCCAGGUCCCCAUCCGGGAAGCGCCGCAGCCUGGUGGAAUGGCCACGGGGGACCCCUUCCCAGACCCUGCCUGGGAUUCCGAUGCCCCCCCACGUCCCGAUCCUCCCCCCACCCCCGCUUCUGCCCUUUACGAACCCAUCUCCGGUACCGAACCCUCCCCUGUUCCCGAUCCCUCUCCUACCCCCAUGUCUGCCCCUUUCCCCAACCCUGACCCAUCAUCCAGCCUAGAGCCCACCCUCCCCCCCACCCCUACCGUGGAAAACACCCUUCCGUUGCUGUCCCCCCACCCUUUUCCCAUCCCGGCCCCGGCCGUGUCACCCGAUUCACCCCUACCACCUCCCCAAAUGUCCGCUAGUGCCACCCCCGCGAGGGCCGUCUCAUUCCCGCUAGCUAUGGGCGGCCCUCGGGGGGUUGUUUUUGUAUCCCCAGUCCCCGAUCUGUUAGGGGCUGCCGUGUUCCCUCCGCCGCCUCCUCCCUUGCCGGGGUCGGGGGCGGGCAGCUCGGCGCCAGCCGUGUCGGCGCCACGACGGGGAUCGGACCCCUGUUUGCCCUCCUCCGUGGCCUGUGAGCUCCACCUGGGGGCCUGGACGGAGGACAACCCUGGUUCCCCCUCGGCGCUGAGGAGCUAGCUGCGCCAAUUCCUU